AUGACAUGGGAGUUUAUAAACGGAACAACUGGAGAGCCGUACAUACCAAACUAUUCGUCUCAGGCUCAUGGAUGGGGUAGUGCUCCUACCUGGCAGCUAUCUCGCUACGUGCUGGGUGUGUCUCCCGCAGUACCCGGCUACUCGACAUGGUCUUUUGCACCCCGUACGGCCAACCUGAAGUAUGCGAACGGACGUGUGCCAACACCAUGGGGAACAAUCGUUGCAUCAUGGGAGACUACUGGGUCUGGGAUUGAUAUGCGAAUCAGUGCGCCGCCUGGGACGAAUGGAACAAUUGUGGUACCAGGAGCCGCGAACAAAACAGUGAGUAUUAACGGAAUAGGCAUCAGACUGAGUGGAAACGAUAGUCUACCGGUGGGAGUUACAUGGGCCAGAGUAGAGGGAGAUGUGUACCGACUGCACGUAACAAGUAUUGGAGCAGAACUUGCUAUUUCUACUUCAUAG